AUGGAUAUCCACCGGUGCCGCUUCGUCCGUUAUCCUGCUUCGGCCAUCAAUGCGGUCGCGUUCACGCACUCGUCCCUCUCCGCCUCGAGCCACAAGAAGCACCUCUCGAAACAUGUUCAGGUCCGCCUUGCGAUUGGGAGAGCCAAUGGCAGCCUUGAGGUCUGGAACCCUCUCCACGGUGCCUGGCAUCAAGAACUAGUCAUUCCUGGCGGCAAGGACCGGAGUGUCGACGGCUUAAUAUGGGUCACGGAGCCCGACGAGGAGAUGGCCGACGGUAAAAUUAUCCAUGGCAAGUCGCGCCUUUUCAGCAUUGGAUACACGACCACAAUCACAGAGUGGGAUUUGGAGAGGGCAAAGGCCAAGAAGCAUGCGAGCGGUCAGCACGGCGAGAUCUGGUGUCUCGGGGUCCAGCCUCCCCAAAGCAACGGCGCCGUGUCUUCAGGGAGCAGAAAACUUGUCGCCGGCACCGUCGAUGGGAACUUGGUACUCUAUUCAAUUGAAGAUGGCGACUUGAAAUUCGAGAGGACACUUAUUAGGACCCCGUCGAAGAAGAUCAAGUUUGUCAGCAUUGCCUUCCAGUCCCACAACGUCGUCGUCGUCGGUUGCUCGAAUAGCACGAUUUGCGCCUACGACAUCCGAAACGGUACCCUUCUGAGGCAAAUGACACUAGGUACCGACCUCUCAGGUGGUUCCAAGAACAUAAUUGUGUGGGCUGUCAAGUGCCUGGCCAACGGCGAUAUUGUGUCCGGCGAUUCGACUGGACAGGUUUGCAUUUGGGACGGCAAGACGUUCACGCAAGCGCAGCGGAUUCAGAGCCAUUCUCAGGAUGUUUUGUGCCUCUCCGUCAGUGCGAAUGAUUCGAAGAUCAUUUCGGGCGGGAUGGAUAGACGAACGGCCGUGUACGAGCCCAUCGCUGGUCAAGCGGGUCGUUGGUCGAAAGUUUUCCACCGCCGAUACCAUCAACACGAUGUCAAGGCGAUGGCUUCCUUCGAAAGCAAAGGGAUGAGUGUUGUGGUUUCUGGAGGUUCGGAUGCGAGUCCCAUUGUGCUCCCCAUGCGCGCGGUCGGCAAAGAGUACCACCGAACACUUCCGAGCCUCCCACAAGAUUCACCCCUGCGCAGUGCCCCCGGAGCUCGGCUUCUUGUGAGUUGGUGGGAAAAUGAAAUUCGGAUCUGGCACCUGCAAACGCCGGCGAGCCAACUACUCGAUGACCACCACGCCGCGCUCAGCCUGCGGAAAAACAGGAAGUUACUUGCCCAAGUUCUAGUCCAGGGAGAAUCCCACAUAUCGUCAGCCGCGAUCAGCGAGGACGGGACAAUUCUCGUGGCAUCAACAACUGCUGGUAUCAAGGUGUUCUGGCUUAACUUUGCCACGGCGGACCAGACUGACCAGCUCCAAAUACGAAAACUGGAUACCUCGAUAGAUGCCCGUGCCGCUACUCGGAUCCAAAUUUCACCCGAUAACCGGUGGAUAUCUUGGGUCGAAGAUGGGAGCCAAGUUUUUGUUGCCCAGGUGCAUGAGACAGAAUCGGCAGUCAGCGACCCCUACACGAUCUCGCCGCCUUGCAAACUGCGCCGGCUCCGACGCCAGAUUCCCAAACACAUCCUACUUGGAGGGCUCGGAUCCUACGAUCGGAACAUUACGCAAACCUCCUUUUCGCCAGACAGCAGGCUGUUCGGGACCGCCGACUUGGCGGGGUUCAUUGACACCUGGGUCUUACGCGGCCCUGGUGAAGGUGCGGAUGGCAUCGGUGGAGAAAAUGAUGGAGCGACCGGCGAGUCCUCAAGCGAUUCGUCUGACGAGGAGGUGGACGAUGUCGCUAGUGAACGUUGGGUCCGCAACCCCAACGCGAGACUUCUCCCGAAGCUUUCCGCCGCUCCGGUUGUGCUCUCCUUCUCAGAGACUCAACGAAAAGAUGGAGACUACGAUCUUUUAGUGAUCACAGCAGCAAAGACCCUUCUAGUCCUCAACCCCCUACGUGGAGCGCUCUCCGAGUGGUCACGACGAAAUUCGUACCCGAAGCUCCCGGUCACAUUCAGAGAUACGCGUGAUCAGGUCAAGGGCGUUGUGUGGCAAGGCCAUAGGGUAUGGAUUUACGGAGUUGCUUCUUUGUUCAUGCUGGACCUGUCCCAGGAUUUCGACCCAGAGAAAGACCUUGUGGUGGACAAGAAGGGCAAAAAGCAAGGCACUAAGCGGAAACGUGGUCGGCAUGAAAGCGGCGCGGGCGGGAAAAUGGAAAACAAUUCGCUUGCCCCUCAACGAAUUCGGGUGGCCGCAGGGCCAGACGGAGACAAAUGGGAGGACGUGGAGAUGGCCGAUGCCGACGACCAGAAGAGCGUUGGUGCCUCCAGUGGGGCCGACGACGACGAUGACGAGGACACAGAUGGCGGUGAGCUGCAACGCCUCCGGGACAGCCAGGACCCUAACGGGAUCACGUUAGAUGGGGAGCAUGAGGGGCCAAAAACAGCCAAGUGGUGGCAUUCGUAUCAGUUCCGUCCGUUAUUGGGCAUCGUACCGAUCAAGACGGUGUCUGGUUUGACGAAUGGGGGCGCGGUCGACGGGAUACCCCCUCUUGAGGUUGCUGUUGUUGAGCGGCCAUUGAGUAGCGAUGAUCUGCCGGAACGUUACUUCGGAGAGGGUGAAUUCGAGAGAUCGUGA